AUGUCCACCUCGUCCAACCCGGCUCCGUCCCCAGACGAUAACCCCGCAGAGGUGGCCAAUGGCGGGGCCGACGGCUUCAUCAAGGUGCUCACGCGGGACGAGAAGCGCAAGCUGCGGAAGGUGGAGAAGAAUCGGCCUUCAUUUGCGUUCGAUCUUGGGCAAUUCAGACAAGGGCGGAAGAUUGGGGUAGCGCACGUGAGGGAUCUGGUCUUGUACUUGACAGCGGAUGGGCCUAAGCCGAACUGGAUCGUACCCGAACAUAAAGCCAAUAUCACACAUACAGUCCUUCUCCUCAUCCCUGGUCUUCUCCCCUCCCAUCUCGGCCUUGAUAUACCCCUGGCUACCAACUCCCCCUUCUCCACCUCGCCCGUAUACCCCAGCGGAACCGAGAAGCCCCGACCUCCGAGCAGGGUUCCGUACCUCGCCAAGAUGUUUGCGUAUGGCGUGCCGGUCCGUGCCCCUGGGGACAAUCGGCGGAUGUUUAGCGUGCUGAGCACAUUGUUGAACUCGCCAUUACCAGAUAGCGUCAGGAAGAAGAAGGAAGAGGAAGAUCGGAAAGUUGCUGAACUGGCAAAGUCGGACGAUGCUCCACCGUUCUUGUACCUCCUCACCCCGAAUCAGAUGAUCGAUAAUGGCUACCGACUACCGUACUACCUCUCGGCCGGGGACGAGGUGAUCAUACCGGGCCUGAAGGGCGCGGAUGUUCCUGAAGCGCUGGCCAAGCUAGGAGGGGCAGGAGCGGUCAAGGAGACGGAUGAUUUGAUCGAGGGGUUGAAGGUGGAGAGCGCGUUGCCUACGGCAGUGGCUGUGUCGAAGGCGGCAAAUGGUGCGAGCGGAUCAGGUGGCUGUGUCGAAACGCCAGAAGCGGAGGGUCCACCUGCGGAUGGAAAGUACCCGGUCCUGGCCAUGGACUGCGAGAUGGUCGAAACGUCAAAGGGGAACGAGCUCGCCCGCAUCUCCAUCGUCGACUAUCACACCGGUCUAUCCGUCUUUGACGAGCUCGUCCGCCCUCCUGAUCCAGUAACCGACUACCGUACCAAAUGGUCCGGAAUGACCAAAGAACGACUCGCCUCCGCCACUCAUACCCUCUCGACCAUCCAAUUUGCCCUCGUCACAUCGUCCUCCGCUCUCAUUACACCACAUACGAUCCUCCUCGGACAAUCGCUCGAGUGCGAUCUCAACGCGCUCAAGAUCCGGCAUCCUCUCUGUAUUGACACGGCGCUACUCUAUAAGCAUCCGCGGGGUGCGCCGUAUAAGCCGGCGCUGAAGUGGCUGGCGAAUAAGUAUCUGUCGAGGGAGAUACAGAAUCAUGCGGCGGGGCACGACUCGGAGGAGGACGCGAGGACCUGCGUGGACCUGUUGAAGCUCAAGAUGGCGAAUGGCCCAGACUUUGGGGCAUUCACUGAUACCACCGAGUCGAUCUAUGACCGCGUCAAUCGGUACAACCCGUCUACCCCUGGCUCGACCUCGUCGAUACCUAGCCAAACGACGGCAGCCUGCGAUUAUACCAACCCAAAAUCCGGUCAAGGCGGUCGCGCGACCACCGCUGUAAAGUGCAAUAACGACGACGAGAUCCUGGAUGCUGUGCUGGAGAAUGCUCAGAAGCACGAUCUGGUAUUCGGGCGGUUCAUGGAGUUGGCGAACGUGCAGGGAUGGAACGGCGAAAUCAACCUACCCGCCGCGGCACCUUCGACUGAUCUCGAGACCGAGGCUGCUCCGACCCUCGACCACCUCUCCGCUGCGCUCACUGCGCUCAACGCACGACUCACUCGCCUCCACACCUCCCUCCCCCACAAUACCGCGCUCGUUAUCAUGACGGGCCAUGCCGACCCAAAACCCAUGCUCCAGCUGGCGGCGAAACGGCAGAAGUGGGAACGCCUAGUCAAGGAGCUGGGGGGCGCAGAUGAGAUCAAGGGGGAGGAUAGGUGGCUGGUCGAGGAUGAUCGGGAGAUGGAGCGGAGGGUGGCGGAGGCGAGGGAAGGGAUGGGAUUCUUCUGCGUCAAGUAA